AUGUCUUUCAGAGCACAGGCCAAAGUCCAGCACGUGUGCACUGAAGCUGGAAGACGGCAACGUCCACAUCGACUAACAAUUCAGGCAAAUCCUCACUCGACCGAACUUGACGGCCUGCCUCCGGGCUCCAGCUUGCAUUACAGCCUCGCGACCAAGAAGCCAGGAGGAAGGAUAAGCUUUGUAUCCGAGCUGACGGGUUCUCUUCUGUCGACGACAACAGAUCUUUGCGCCGCCAUCGUCUGCCGGAAUUCUGGAACCUGCAUUGUCCAGAAGGGAGUCGGCAUCUGCAUCUGCGCACCUCCAUUUUCGGGUAGUCAAUGUGAACAGAGUGAGUGGCACAGGGAGCCCAUUUAA